GCCUGUUUACUUCGUCUGUCUCCCCCACCGGACGGUGAGCUGUCCUUGGGUAGGGACCCCGAGUGUUUUUUCAGGACUGUAUCCCCAGCCCCGGGGACAGUCCCUGGCACGUGGUGGGCGCUCAGCAAACAUCUGCUACGUGCAGGAACGAAUGCGUUUUGCUAGGUGAUGGCAGAUCGCUCUGCAAAAGGCCACGGCAUUUCACACCGUCCGCAGCCUAGCGCAGGUGUCCCUUUCCUCGCACCCUCCCCCGAACUGUGCAUCGCCCCUGGUCAAUCCCACGCUCUGCGAAGCGCCCGCCGAGCCGAGGAAAUUUCCAUCCCCUCCCAAGCCCGCGGCGGAGGCGGCUUCGGAACCUCAGGUGCCCAGACCCGCGGCGCACGGCGCCAGGGGGCGCCAGAGGCGGGCGACCGUGCUUCGCGGGGCGGGCGGCGCGCGGGAUCCCGCAGGGGGUUCCGCCGCGCCUGGGGCUCCCUGCGCCCGGCGUCCCGGCCCCGGCAGCCCGCCGCAGGGGCAUCGGGGCAGCGCCCGAGCCAGCCCCCUUGCGGCCCCCACCCGGCUCCCCGCGCCACGCGGCGCGAGCCCCGCCAGCCCCCUGCGCACCUGCUCGGGGCGUGGCCUCCGGCGAAAGAGCGCCUCGAUUGGCGCGGGGGUGACAAGGGGCGUGGCCUCACAGGCCCCGCCCCCCUCGCGGUUGGAGUACUUAAGCGAGUCGGCGCCGCGUCUCCACUCAAAGCGCAGCGGCGCGGCCUCGCGGGUGGAGUGUCCCGCGACCCCAGCGCGACCCGGCGACUUCGGCUGCUUCGGCCACCAUGCCGCGCUCUUUCCUCGUCAGGAAGUCUGCCUGCUCGCGCCGGAGGCCCAACUACAGCGAGCUGCACGACUCCUCCCCGGGUGCGUGAGUUCACCUUCCAGCAGCCCUACGACCAGGCUCACCUGCUGGCGGCCAUCCCGCCUCCCGAGGUCCUCAACCCCACGGCCUCACUGCCCACGCUCAUCUGGGACUCGCUGCUGGCACCCCAGGCCCAGGCGAUUGGCUGGGCUUCUCUCCUGCCCCAGGAGAUGCCCAAGGCUGUCGUCGAGCUGACCUCCCUGUCGGACGAGGACAGUGGGAAGGGCUCCCAGCCCCCCAGCCCGCCCUCGCCGACUCCUUCGUCCUUCUCCUCCACCUCGGCCUCAUCCCUGGAGGCUGAGGGUUUUGCUGCCUUCCCGGGCUUGGGCCAGUUGCCCAAGCAGCUGGCCGGGCUCUCGGUGGCCAAGGACCCCCAGUCCCGCAAGGCCUUCAACUGCAAAUACUGCAACAAGGAGUACGUCAGCCUGGGCGCCCUCAAGAUGCACAUCCGCAGCCACACGCUGCCCUGCGUCUGCGGCACCUGCGGGAAGGCCUUCUCCCGGCCCUGGCUGCUGCAGGGCCACGUCCGCACCCACACCGGCGAGAAGCCCUUCUCUUGCUCGCACUGCAGCCGCGCCUUCGCCGACCGCUCCAACCUGCGUGCGCACCUGCAGACCCACUCGGACGUCAAGAAGUACCACUGCAAGGCCUGCGCCCGCACCUUCUCCCGCAUGUCGCUGCUCCACAAGCACCAGGAGGCCGGCUGCUCUGGGGGCCCCCGCUGACCGCAGGCUCCUCCCGCUGCUCCUCCCCGGGCAGCGCCCCGACCGACCCACCGCCGAGGGCUCCCCGCCACCUUCCCUCCGCUGCGCCCGCCCCACAGGGCCCGGCCGUCUCCAGCGCUCUGCUCGGGGCCGCGUGGUUCUGCGAGGCCUUUCGUGGCCGUUUCCGUGGACGGCCGCCGGUGGGCACUGGGCUUGUGCAGCGGAGACCCUCCUGGCAGCCGCCGCUCCGGGGCUUCUGGAGUUGGCCUGUCUGUCGGUUUGUGUGUCCGAAGCUAUUUGGAUGCAGCUGCUUUGAGCUCCAGGACAAAAGCCAGCAGACUGAUGGGGAGCUCCCACCCCACUCAGGGGACCCCUGCCCCGGAACCCUCAGGCCACCCCUCCAGGAGGUGUGACUAACUAUGCAAUAAUCGCCCCCAGGUGCACCCGCGCGGCCUGAGGCAGUAACGGACACAAGGACAUGUCUAGACCCCAGGAUGCCCCCCGGCCUGGGCAGCUAUUUCGAACUCCCGUUUGUCAUGGUGGCACCUGUUUCACGGGCAAUUUAACAAUGUCUCAAAAGGGACUGUGAGUAAUUGCCAUCACUUGUCCAGGCCCGAGCGGGGCACUUCGGCCCCACCGAUGUAUCUCCCAGAACUAUUUUCAGGCCCGACAGGUGGGCCUGGAAGGAAGAUGUUUACAUUUUUAAAGGUACACUGGUAUUUAUAUUUUGAGCAACAUUUUGUACUAAGGAAACGUUUUGUAUAGUUAUAUGUACAGUUUAUUGAUAUUCAAUAAAGCGGUUAAUUUAUAUAUAAAAAA